AAAUGACAUGUUAAGAUCGUGUUGCUCUUGAAACAAAAGAAAAAAAAAAAAAAAAAAAUUCUUGCUCGGGCCGAACACGGGGUGCCGAAACCCGGCUGCCAAAGAGUAGGAAAUAUUGCAAUAAUGACGAAAUAAAAGUUUACGCAAUUCCAUAAUUGCCCCUAACAGAUUGCUGAAUGACUUUUUUCUUUUGUACCACGUCCCUUCCUUCUCGCCCAAUCCGCCGAUGACGACGUUUCUCAAAUGAUCGGACUUCGCCGGUCCACCGAACUUUAUUUUGCUAACCAGUAAAGGAAAAGAAGGGAAAAUUUGAAGAAGAAGGGAUGAGGUCUUCGACGGAGAGAAUAAACAUAGCGGCGAGUGCGCAAAAACUCGAUGUUGAUAAUCGGAUCUCUCUCCGAUAUUACUACCGGAUCGCCGACAAUAUUCUCAAACAGGCUGAUAUCUUUCGAGCUGAGAAGAAUAUUAUAGAUCUAUACAUUAUGCUUCUAAGGUUUUCAAGUUUGGUUACUGAGACAAUACCUUGUCAUCGAGAUUAUAGACCGUCUCUACAAAACCAAAAGGUUUACUUGAAAAGGAGACUACUGAAUGCCUUGAAUGAGCUAGAAGAUUUGAAGCCAGGGGUGCAACAAAAGAUCAAUGAAUUAAACAGAAGAUAUACUUAUCAAAGUAAUUCAUUGCAGCAAUCUGCUGUGAAAAACCAAAAUUUGACAUACUAUGGUGUGACAAAGGCAGUUAGACCAGCUGCAAAAGAACUUGGUUAUUAUGGUUCAAGAAUUCAACAACUUUCAUAUUCCAAGCCAAUGGAAGCGCAAUUUCAGAGAAUGUCAUUAAACCUACUGCGUCCAAAGGAGGAAACCCUCUCCAAACAUUCUAUUUUGGGUCCAAAUGGUCUUUAUGGGCAGUGGCAGCCACCUAGGAGUGAUAAAGGGGUGCAAUAUCCAAGCAACAUUGACCUGACUCCAGUUGAAUUCCCAAGUUUGCAGCAGCCUAUAGAAAAUGAACUUCCAAGGAAGAAUGAUCAUAGCAACUCAGAAUCCGAAGCAUCAAGCAUGGAAUCAACUCUUACCAUUAAUAAUAGUGAGAAUAAUCAGAAGUGUCAUGUGGACGAACCUUGUCCGAUGAUUUCGUUUGAAGAAUCAGAAACUGCCCCUGUUCAUAUUAAUGUUACCAGACAGCCAUCUCCUCCUCCAGUACUUGCAGAAGUACAGGAUUUGGUUCAUGCUAUAUCUCCCCAGGUCACCAAGACAGAUUGUACAAUAGAGAAUCCCUCGGCAGAUGGUCUUGUUCAUUCUGAAUCUCCUCUACAAUUACACAUUGCAACCACAAUGAUGGAAAGCUUCAUGAAGCUGGCUAAAUCAAAUACUGAUAGGAAUUUAGAAACUUGUGGUGUCCUUGCAGGUUCGCUUAAAAAUAGAAAGUUCUAUGUUACAGCUCUUAUUAUCCCAAAGCAGGAAUCAACAUCUAACUCGUGUCAAACGACAAAUGAGGAGGAAAUAUUUGAAGUACAGGACAAGAAAUCUCUCUUCCCCCUGGGUUGGAUUCAUACGCAUCCUACGCAAUCAUGUUUCAUGUCAUCAAUUGAUCUCCAUACUCACUACUCAUACCAGAUUAUGUUGCCAGAAGCUGUAGCAAUAGUAAUGGCGCCAAGAGAUACCUCAAGAAAACAUGGCAUUUUUCGUUUGACAACUCCCGGUGGCAUGUCAGUCAUCAGACAGUGCCAGCAACGUGGCUUUCAUCCACACGAUGGACAUCCUGAUGGGGGGCCCAUUUACAAUUCCUGUACGGAUGUGUAUAUGAAUCCCAGUCUGAACUUUGAUGUCAUCGAUCUGCGAUGAUCGCAAUCAUGGCAUCUUGAUGGACGUGUUCUGCUAAUGCAAUGGUUGAUUUACCAUGUGCAUAUUGUUAAUCGCAACAAUUAGAGUUGCACGAAUUGCGAAAGUGCCUACGCUUGUAUAGAGGAAACGAAACCGUAUAAUAUUGCAUGUUUAGGAAAUACUGAAUUGAAAAAAAAAAAACCCAAGAGGCUAGUGUAUUCUAUUCUUUUUAUGUAUUAAACAAGAGAGCCUCUAAUUCAUUUGAAGUUGAAUUGAAGUCUUUGUAACCCCAAUACGGUUAUCUUUUGGGAUUACCACCGCUGCAACCCAAGAAAGGAGACUUGGAAAACACUUAACAUCUUUUGCAAGAGUAACGAAACUUUGUCAGAAAAGCCAAUCUUUGAUUCCCUCUGAAACGAGCGAAGAAAUACUUCCAUCAGGGGUCAGAUAUCUUACUAGCUUUUGCCAAUUGCAGGACAGCCGACUCAAUUGUCCUUCAACAGUGGGGCAAAGCAUCUUAGGACUUGCAGUAUCACCUGUAAAAAUAGAUUCAUCCCACAUACUUAUGGGAUGAAUAACUAUUGUGAAGAACCAACAUCAAAUUGACAGCGUUCUAUCACACAAAAACCAGCCACUUCUUUCUCUGGUUCCGAAUCUGAUCAGACAAGUUCAUUCGCUUGAGUAUUUUUCCUUGGCGUUUUGUAUUUCCUGGGUUAAGAUGGUACCAAGGGGCAAGUGGGCGCCAACACAAGGUAGGUAGGGAGUGUGGGGUCCCCAGAUGUGGUAAGAAACAUGUGUUGGGCACUUCAUUCAAGGACUUCCUUGUCAUCCGAUUUCUUUUCAGCCAUGUCGACAAAUUGCUCACAUGACCAAGUUCACUAACAUAAGGUAACUUGUCCAGGAAAUAAUAAGGUCGUGGUCUAUCGGGUUCCCAUUUACUUCGGAGGGCUCCACUGGCCAUGCCAUGAAGUUUGUUUUUCUUUACUCCUAACAACUAGGAUUUUAAUUUAAAACUUCUUAAAACUGAACAUUUGUUGGAAACAACUUACGAAUUCAAAGGUAUUAAGGAGGGAUUAGUUUGAU